UCGAGAGAAAGUUCUCGACAGAUCUUGUGAAUUUUCUUUUCGACCACUUGGUCGGACUUGUGAACUCGCAGAAGCCGGAACCGGAAGGCGGUCGUGUUCUUGUAUAAGAGGCAAGGCAAACAUUCGCAUUCUCCAUUCAGUCCUUUUUUUUCAGUAUAAUAUCCCAUUCAAUCCUUCAACUUUUAAUUUGUCACCUCCCUUUCCCUGUCCAGUUCCCUCCCUAUAAUUUCUGGUUUUCCCCAAACACUUGUGGUUCUUGCUUUCCAUCAGCUCAUUUUUUAUUUUUCACAAAAGAAAGCGUAAUGUGUGAUUACCGCCCAUUGUACAAUGGGGUCUUCCUCCAGCACGGGAACACGACGUUUAGCCAGUCCCAGAAAAAAUGGCGAGUGGCUUUCCUUGCUAUCUGUUCUUGCCGGGCUAUGGUCUCCCUUACUAAAGACAUCAUAACGGCGAAGAACAGGGAUGGCAUCCUCAAUGGGCUCAUUCGUUCUCUUUCCUACACCACUGUAGAUAUCAAACCCAAUACAGAUUUCAGUCUUGAUAUCCAAACAGCAGAUGAUUUCGAUGAUGUCUUCUCCAAUGUCGAUAAAGAAGGUCUCAUCCAGAUUGUAAAGAACAAGGACUUGGACCGGCUGAAACAGUUCGGAGGAGUCGAAUCAGUUGCUGAUUUUCUCCAGACCGAUGCAAAGAAUGGAAUCCACGGCAAUGCCGAAGAUGUCAGUCACCGCCAUAAAGUAUUCGGUUCCAAUACAUACCACGGGCCACCCACAAAAGGUCUGUUUCAUUUUGUUAUGGAAGCUUUUAAAGAUACCACCAUUCUCAUUCUCCUAGUUUGUGCCUCCCUAUCUCUUGGCUUCGGCAUCAAAGAAGAUGGGCUCAAAGAUGGAUGGUAUGACGGUGGGAGUAUCUUCGUCGCCGUCUUUCUGGUUGUGGUCGUGUCUGCUGUCAGUAAUUUCAGGCAGUCAAGACAAUUUGACAAACUAUCUGGCAUCAGCAACAACAUUCUUGUUGAUGUUGUGAGAGAUGGAAGGCGGAAGAAGAUCUCCAUCUUCGACGUGGUAGUUGGAGAUGUAGUUUGUUUGAACAUUGGUGAUCAAAUCCCGGCAGACGGAUUGGUGUUGGACGGCCAUUCCUUACAAGUAGAUGAAUCGAGCAUGACUGGUGAGAGUGAUCAUGUGGAAGUUGAUACCACUAGGAACCCCUUCUUGCCCUCUGGUACCAAAAUAGCAGAUGGGUAUGGUCGGAUGCUCAUCACAUCCGUUGGGAUGAACACAACAUGGGGUGAGAUGAUGAGCUCCAUUAACCAUGAUUCCAGUGAACGUACUCCAUUGCAAGCGCGGCUUGACAAACUAACCUCAGCCAUAGGGAAGGCUGGUUCGGCAGUCGCUUUCCUCGUGCUUGUUGUGUUGUUGGUUCGCUACUUCACGGGAAAUACAGAAGAUGAAAAUGGAAAUCAGGAGUUCAACGGUAGCAAGACAAAGUUCAACGACAUAAUGAAUGAGGUAGUGCGCAUUGUCUCCGAUGCUGUUACCAUUGUUGUGGUGGCAAUCCCAGAAGGCUUGCCUUUAGCCGUUACACUCACCCUUGCUUAUUCCAUGAAGAGAAUGAUGGCUGAUCAGGCAAUGGUUCGGAAACUCUCUGCCUGUGAAACAAUGGGCGCAGCGACCACCAUCUGCACUGAUAAAACAGGUACGCUCACCAUGAAUCAAAUGAAGGUUACCCAAUUUUGGCUUGGUCAAAAAACCAUUAAGAGUGAUGUCUUAUCUACACUCUUUCCAACUGUUGUUGAAUUGCUUCACCAAGGUGUUGGUUUGAACACAACUGGUAGUGUUUACAAACCCACUACAGGAACAAUGCCUGAGGUCUCCGGUAGUCCCACUGAGAAAGCUAUCCUUUCAUGGGCUGUCUCGGAAUUGGGCAUGGAUAUGGAGGAUUUGAAGGAGAGAUGUACUCUUCUUCAUGUUGAAGCCUUCAAUUCAGAGAAGAAACGAAGUGGGAUCUCAAUGAUGAAGAAACAUGAGAGGAUGGUUCAUGUGCAUUGGAAGGGGGCUGCCGAAAUCAUACUAGCAAUGUGUUCCGAUUACUACAACAGUACAGGAACUAAGAAACCCAUGGAUGAUGAUGCUAGGAUGAAAAUCAAGCAAACAAUUCAAGACAUGGCGGACAAUAGCCUCCGAUGCAUUGCUUUUGCCCACAAACAGAUCCCUGAAGAAAUGUAUGGAUACAACAAAGAUGAGAAGGCAAAGCAAUGCCUUGAAGAAGAUGCCCUGACCUUGUUAGGGCUAGUGGGCAUAAAGGAUCCUUGUCGACCAGGUGUCAAGAAGGCUGUACAAGUUUGUAGAAAAGCUGGAGUGGACAUCAAAAUGAUCACUGGGGACAAUGUUUUCACUGCAAGAGCAAUAGCCAUUGAAUGUGGAAUACUACAACCUGGCCAAGGCAUAAAUGAUGGAGUAGUCGUGGAAGGUGUUGAAUUUCGAAACUACACACCAGAAGAAAGGAUGGGGAAGGUUGAAAGGAUCCGUGUGAUGGCAAGAUCUUCUCCCAUGGACAAGCUGUUAAUGGUGCAAUGCUUAAAACAGAAAGGCCACGUGGUUGCAGUCACUGGAGAUGGGACAAAUGAUGCACCAGCUCUAAAAGAAGCUGAUAUCGGACUUUCAAUGGGGAUUCAAGGCACUGAAGUGGCUAAGGAGAGCUCAGAUAUCGUCAUUUUGGAUGAUAACUUUGCUUCUGUGGCUACAGUUUUGAGGUGGGGAAGAUGUGUUUAUAACAACAUCCAAAAGUUUAUUCAAUUCCAGCUUACCGUGAAUGUUGCAGCUUUGGCGAUUAACUUCGUGGCAGCAAUUUCUGCCGGUGAUGUCCCAUUGUCAGCGGUGCAAUUGUUGUGGGUGAACCUGAUCAUGGACACUCUGGGGGCCCUGGCUCUAGCAACAGAGAGACCCACUGAUGAGCUUAUGGAGAAGCGACCUGUUGGUCGAACUGAACCACUCAUAACCAAUGUUAUGUGGAGGAACCUCAUGGCUCAAGCUAUAUAUCAGAUCACAGUCCUCCUAACCCUACAGUUCAAUGGUGAGUCCAUAUUUGGAGUAAGUGAAAGAGUUAAUGACACAGUCAUCUUCAAUACCUUCGUUCUGUGCCAAGUCUUCAAUGAGUUCAACGCAAGGAAGUUGGAGAAGAGGAAUGUCUUCAAAGGGAUACACAAGAAUAGGUUGUUUUUAGGGAUCGUAGGGAUAACCAUUGCUCUUCAGAUAGUAAUGGUGGAGUUUUUAAAGAAGUUUGCAGAUACAGAGCGGUUGAAUUGGGGGCAAUGGGGGGUAUGCAUUGGAUUAGCUGCCAUGUCUUGGCCAAUUGGUUGGAUUGUCAAGUGCAUACCGGUUUCAAAUAAGCCCUUCCUUACUCUUCCCAAGUCCUUAGUCUUCAAACAGCAGAAAUAGUGGAUCACUUGCCCUGUUCAUUCGUUAUAUUCUUUAUUAUUAUUUGUAUACCGGUGACCAGUGAUAUUACCUUGUAGUUUGUAGUUUCUACCAUAUUUUUUUAUUAAUAUUCUUUUUUAAUUUUUCAUUUUUUUUAAAUUCUUGUACGUAAUCUGUUGAUGACAUCUACUAAAAUAUACUGUAAUACUGAUGAAAAUAUUUGAAACCA